CAGCGGAUAUCUGAGCAAUACGGCAUUGAUCGUUUGCUACAUGUCCUCCGCAAGCUAUGUGACGCUCAUUCGAUGCGCAUGUGUCAAUAGUGUACUUUGCGGAUUAUAGUGGAGAUAGUGUCCCACGAAGGCGAGGGUUUUUCCGCUGAGUUGCGUGCGUGGCGGGGAACUUGGGAACGAGGCAUUUUGUCUUUGAACGUCUAUGCUGGCUUCGUGAUGAGGACGAGGUUCGGUCAGGUAAAGAAUUGGAAGUAAUGCAACUUGAGCUGCGCAAAGGAGUGGAAAAGUGUGUGCCCCGGAUUGACGACCCCCGCCCUGAGCCUCUCAAGACACGUUUGAUCGACCACGUAAACCAUUCAUGCCGCCAUUUCCACUUGACCAGGCUGUACAGUCGGAAGGUGUGUCGAUGGAGAAGAGGAAUGAUGUGGGCAGACCGACAGAUCCGGACGGAUUGCUGCUCGAGGGCUGGGCUCAAGGGUUUCUGGUCGGGAGCCUCGUAGUGAUGAGCUGUAUCACAAUAGCAAAUAUGCGAAAAGGGGUGUUGUUGCAUAAGUUGAUUCUAUUGGAGCUCCUCCUCGGGAUUCCUCACGGCUUCUGGAUCCUCUUCCACCCACCCAUCUACACCUGGUGGCUUUCUGUUUCGGCGAUUCUCCUCAAUGCCUCCUGGUCCUUGCACAAUGUCAUCGCCUGGAUGAAAAUCAAGCCCUUCCUCCCGCGCUGGGCAUCCCUAAUCUUCAUAAUCACCGUCGUCCUCGCCCAGCCCUACUGGAUCGUCGAGAUCUUUGCAAAUUUUCAAUAUUUUCACGGCUGGGGGAACAUAUUCCUACGCACACGCCCGUGGGAGCCUUUAUGCCGUGACCCAUGGUGGAUCUUCACGACCGUAGCGUUGUUCUGGAAUAUUGUGGCGAGAUAUGAGCUGAGUGCGUGGGAUGUGCUACGGAUUAGCCCAAGAUUUGUGUUGAUGCUGAGCGCGAUGGUAGUGAGUGUGGUAUUUAUUGUACCGGAUGUAUUGAGCGUAACAGGUGUUUUGGACGAUAAGAUGCCAACGGGAAUCAAUCCCUUUUUCAAGCUGUCGUUCGUAUUCAAGUGUCUAACGGACAGUGUGGUGCUGGACGAUUUCAAGACGGCACUGGAUCGCUUGCGCGCGCUCAAGUUAGGACAAAUGGGCAGCCUGACAAUGGAUCACUCCAUCUGUGAGGCGCGGUUCAGGGAUCGCGAGGAGCAGCGGCGUACCUCGAGGUGGAGCUUUGGAAGAUCGCUUGCUGGCGAGGGGCUUGAUGGCAGGAGGAUGAGCAAGAUGACGAACAUGCAUAUGGAGAGCUUACAACCUACAGAAUCGGGGGAGCCAUCGAGCACUGAUAGAGGUACUGCGUCGUGUGGGAGGGAAAGUCCGGUGUCAGAAGAGAUUCAAGAGUACAACGAGCGCAUACAAAGGCAACAAAGCCCGGAUACGGGGUAUGCUGAGGCCAUAAGAGAGGUACAAAGAGCAGAUAGGUCGUCCAGGGGUUGUUUCCAAGAUCUGAUGGCAAGGACUUGAGAUUAACGCUCCGGAAGAGCAAAGAAAGACACAGGCGCGUCUCAACAGUGCGGUGGUACGGAAGAUCAAGACUAAGCGUCUGACAUAUUCCGUGAAGCAGUAUAAGGUAGUUCACAUCCAUUUCGUAUGCACUUGUGCUGUUAGAGCAUUGGCUAUUACAGUAGCUUCACAUGAAGCACAAGACUGUCAAUCUCGACAAUAGCCAAGUAUCAUUGUUCAUAACGAGUUACCUACAACUCUAAUGACUAUCCGAU